UACAAUACAUAUACUGUAUAACAUAUACUUUUACAUUGAUUUUCAAUACAAACACUGUAUUACACAUAAACUGUAUAAUAAUAGCCGGCAUUGACUUCACACUAACACCACCGCAACAGUUGAUCCAAUCAUUCAUUUAGUUGUCUUAUAUUAUCUCUUAGUGGUUAUCAAAUCAAAAAUGCAUCGCUUCCUAGUCUGGACAGUGUUGUCACUGACAGUAUUGACCAUAGUAUCGGCACAACAACAAUCAUCGCCGUCACCGCCACCGCCCGACACGUUGGUCUUAUUGGACAAUCUGUCCAUCAGAGAGACACACUCGAUAUUCUUCAGAUCGUUGCAACAGAGAGGCUUUCAGCUAACCUACCGAUCGGCUGACGACCCGAACCUAUCGCUGGUCAAGUAUGGCAGCCAUAUAUACAAGAAUCUGAUUAUAUUUGCUCCGUCUGUUGAAGAAUUUGGCGGUAAUGUCAACGUCGAAGCCAUUGCCGAAUUCAUAGACAACGGCGGCAACGUAUUGGUUGCCGCCGACAGCAAUGUUGGCGAUGCUAUACGUGAUUUGGCCACCGAAGUCGGUGUCGAAAUUGACGAAGAAGGUGCCCAAGUUAUCGACCAUAUGAACUACGAUCAGUCCGAUGAUGGCCAACACGUACUAGUUGUAGCCGAUUCGGCCAAUCUAUUGGACGCUCCAACCAUUGUAGGCCAGAAAAAGUCAAUUGGACCCAUACUAUACAAAGGAAUCGGUAUGAUUUCCGAUCAAAACAAUCCACUCGUAUUGGACGUACUGUUGGCCUCUUCGACCGCCUAUUCGUAUAAUCCGACAAAAAAAAUUACCGAAUAUCCGCACGCUAUCGGCAAAAACAUACUGAUGGUAUCGGCACUACAGGCCCGUAACAAUGCCCGAGUAGUGUUCACUGGUUCGCUAGACUUUUUCAGUGAUGCCUUUUUCACGGCCGAUGUCCAGAAAAGCGUUGGUAGCAAUAGUAAACGGGAAAAAUCGGGUAACGAAGCCCUAGCCGUUGCACUAUCCAAAUGGGUAUUCAAAGAGGAAGGCGUACUCCGAGUCGGCCGUAUCCGACAUCAUAAAGCCGGCGAUACUGUACCGCCCGAAGCCUAUACCGUACUCGAAGAUGUCGUGUUUUCCAUUGAACUCGAACGCUAUGUCUCGGGAAAAUGGUUACCGUUUGACGCCACGGAUGUCCAAUUGGAAUUCGUACGAAUCGAUCCGUUUGUUAGGCAACUGUUGAAAAAGUCGCCGACAACCAACACCUAUGUCGCCAAAUUCAAGAUACCCGACGUCUACGGUGUCUACCAAUUCAAAGUCGACUAUCAGCGCAUCGGGUUUACCUAUGUGUUCAGUACGACACAGGUAUCUGUUCGGCCCUUACAGCACACCCAAUACGAACGAUUCAUACCGUCCGCCUAUCCCUACUAUAUCAGCUCAUUCUCGAUGAUGUUCGGCGUCUUUAUCUUCAGUUUUGUAUUCCUCUACUAUAACGAAAGUCCUAAAGAUAAGUCCGAAUAGUAUUACCCGAUAGUACCGCUAGUAGUAGUGAUGACAUAUACCCACCCGACACUCCCCGAUAACUUGUUGUCAUCACAUUUCAAUUGUAAUCACAUUUUUUUUAUUAAUAUAUAAUAAUUUAAUAAUACAUUA